AAACAAAAUUGUUUCAUACAAUUUAUAGUAAAGAAAUACGUAAUAAAUAUUAAAUGGAUGCAGCCGGCGGUAGUAUUUUCCAAGGAGCCAACAUAAGCAUAUCCAAUUCGAGAAAUGAGGAGGAGGAGGAAGAUUUGGAAGACCAGAUACGCAGGAAAGAGGAGCUGCAAAAUUUACUCAUCACUAAACUAGACGAUUUCAAGUUCGACGAAAGUACAGUAAACUCUUCGCUAAUAUCUGCCAUAUCCGACGACGCUCAGGAUAAGUUCCUAAAGGCUGAGAACGAGCACGAACAAUUAAAAGUUUUAUUUGAAGUACGAGGUAGAGAACUGGCAGCUCUACGAGAAGAACAUAAGAAAGUUACUGAAAAACUUCAACACCAAGUAGACGUAGUAAAAAAGAAACUAACUCUAACAGAAGCCGAGUUUGAACAAUUGAAACUAUCCUACAAAAACAGCGAAGAAUUAUUAGGCGAAAAAAUACAGAAAGUUAACGAAUUGACAUCAUUACUUGAAAACAAAGAACAACAAAUCAAUGAUUUCAAAAGAGAAAGGGAGAAUCUACAAAUAGAAAUAUCAACUUACAAAUCUACUAUUGAUGGCAUGCACAGAGAACUACAAGGUGAUAAGAAUCCUUUCUCUAAUAUUAACAAACACCACAAUUCCGAAGAAUUAAAAGCGGCACACAAAGAACAAAUAACCAAAUUAGAAACCUUGCUGGAAGAAAAAAUAAUCCAAGCGAAACACAUCGAAAAAGAAAACAUUAAUCUAAAGCAAGAAUUAAGCAAAUUCAUCGAAGUCAACGAAGAAAACUCGACCAUAAUAAAAGCCUUAACCAAAAACUUCGAAGACGCCCAAAACCAAUGCGAGACCCUCAUCGAAGUUGUAGAAACACUCUCCAACGAAAACAAACAUUUACAAGACAGAGUAAACAAUAUUUACAGCAAUUCCCCGAUCAAAAGGAGCUCCACAGACUUCAACACUCUAGUAAGCAGCGUGGAGAAACUGAAGAAAAUGCUACUAGACAAAUCGGUACAAAUAAACACUCUCAAUGCAAAACUAAAUAACUACGAGGAGAAUCUCAAGGAGCUGAUGGAAUACAGGAAACUGAAAACCGACUCUUACCGAAAGGAAUUCCAGCAAUGCGACAAUGCCGAUCACUCCAAAAAUCUGAUCCUCAUGCAGAAUGAUCUGCGGAACUACAAGCAAACCAUCGAAGAUAAAAACCAGCAAAUCCUGCAGUUGAACAGCACGAACAAAGACCUCCUCACGAAAUUAGAGGAAACUUUAUCCCAAACCAGAAACGACAUUCAAACGUUCUCCGCCAAAUACAGCAUUCCCCAAUUGGAGAAAAUGACCGAAGAGCUCCAUAGGGCAGGGCUACGCAUACAGGAACUCGAAGAACAGCUGCAGAUUUCCGAAGAACUGAAGCUGCAGCUCAUCCGGCAAGAUGAGGACAAUAAGCACCAACUGGAAGCCCUGAAGACUGUAUCUGAGAAGGAGAGGAACAACUUUGAAAACGAAAUCAAAAAGCUGAAAAACGAUUUGAUUGUUUCAUCGAACGAAAUCGAACAAUUAAAUCGUAUUCUCCAAGAGAAAUCUCAACGCAAUAUAAAAACGGAAGACGAAUCUCUGAAACAGGAGUAUUUGAAAUGCGUACAAGCCCUACGGAUGUCUGAAAAUAAGAUAAAAGAGCUUGAAGAAAGCAUGAAGCAGAUAUUAGAAUUAAAGAAUGAAGCCGAAAGAGAUAAAUGUAGCAUAGAAUUAAAAUUGAAAGCAGCUAAUGAGGAAUAUGACAACAGUGCAAAACAAUUCGAUCAACUAACAACAGAAUUGCAUCGAAAAGAUGAAUUAAUUGCAACUCUACAAAAUAAAAUAUCGAGUUUAACCGACGAAAUUAAAUUAAUUAAUAAAAAAAUCGACGAAUCCACCCAAACCGAUAAUAUUAGAGCACAAAUGCAACAAGUUGAAAACAACAACGAAGCAAACUUGAUGACAAUCGAACUAAAUCUAAGAGAAGAAAUCCAACAAGAAUACUUCAGCAAACUGAACGAGAUCGAAGAAAAAUACCAAACCGCCUCGAACUCAACCAAAUCCCAGUCCAAAGCGCACUUGGAGAAACUCAAAAACCAGGAAGUCAAGUUCCGGAAACACCUCGCCCUCAUCCUGAGCGAGUGCCAGCGGAAAAUCGAAGGAUUCGAGAGCGAAAGGGCCGAGUUGCUGAGGCGCCUGAACGGUUCCCAAAGCCUCUUGGCCGCGGCCAAGGCCAAAGAGGAGAGAUUCAACAAAUUAGUGGAGGAAUUGUGCGUUAAAAACGCGCGCGAAGCGGAGAAGUGGAAGCUGUGGUCGCAGAAAUUGGUCAACAAUUGCUUGAAGAUCGAGGCCGUCAACAAGAAGAGCCGGGAUAACAUACUGUUCAAGAUGCAGGUGUACGAUUCCAAAGUCAAAGCGGUGGAAAAGGCCUCGGGGAAGUCCAAGGAGAAGUGUGCUAUGAAACGGGCACAGAGUAGGAGCGAGUAGGGAAGCCCAAAAUUUGCUGUUUAACUCAAUUGAAUUUCUGAGAAGUUACAGGCCCUAAAGUUGUAACCAGUAAGUAAUAACCAACACUUGAUUAUCUAUGAUUUGUUCAAAGUGGGGUAGUGUUUAAUUUAAAAGCUCCGCAACUGUUCAACUUAAUUUUAUAUUUACAUAAAUAAUAUAAACGUUUUUUUAAUACAAGUUAUUUUAUAAAGUGCACAAAAGUAAAAAAAAAUUAAAGAUAUAAAAUAGUAAACAAAUAUGAUUUGAUAUAAGUGUUAAUGCAACGAAGGAGUUUUCUACACAUUCAGAUACAACCUACAGAAUUCUAAUAUUCAUGGGUUAACACAAGUCUUUAUUAAAUACAACAGAAUAAAUUGAUGAAACGUCGAUUUUUCUUAUCAAAUUUCGAUUUGACCGCAUGGGAACUUGCUCGCAAAUUUGAGUAUCGAUAAAACGAAAUUUUUUAUUUUGAUUUUGUUAUUUACUACCUACAAGUUGAAUUAACAGCGCGACAACCCCUAAAUAAUUCUUCUCUUGUAAAUAACUCGUGAAAUUACACAAUUUUUGAUUCAAUAAAUUCACACAUCUUACAGUUGUUGAGUUAUUUUGAAAAAAAAUUGAUGGCACUAAGAUUUCCGCUUUGUCAACUCACCCUGUAUAUCAAUCGUCUUAAUAAUAAAAGUAAUUUUGAUCGGGUUGCGAAUUUUGCACUAAACAGGCAAAAAUGCGACCAAGUUACCUGGAAUAUAAAUCUAAAUAAUGUACACUUGAACGAGACAUUGAUGUCGUAGUUAUUCGAACAUUAAAAAUAUUCACUAUGUGAGAACAAGCGAGUUUUUUUUAAUAGAGUACAUUAGGGUUUUUCUAGCGAUCGAAAUUUGAGUGUUAAAUUUAUUAAAAAAAUAUAUUUUAGUUUAGCUCCAUCUCAAUGAUGAAUAUUUUUAAUAAUGCAAUUUUUUUAAAUAUAUUUUGGUGUUAACCAUAUUUCUCUUCUGAAAAGACAGGUACUGUACAAUUUUAAUAUCUCCUAAAUUACAAAUGAAGAAAAUGUAAC